CGGGACUGAGAGAUAAUACCGGGACUGAGAGAUAAUACCGGGACUGAGAGGAGAGAUCACCGGGACUGAGAGGAGAGAUCACCGGGACUGAGAGGAUAAUACCGGGACUGAGAGGAGAGAUCACCGGGACUGAGAGGAUAAUACCGGGACUGUGGCGGCUGAGACCCGGACUUACCCCGGCCGUAUAGCGGAGGAGGCUCUGGGUGUGUGACCCGGUUCGGGUGUCUCUUCUCUUGUGGAGUUCCGGACCGGGAUCUAUGUGUUUGUAGCCGGGUCCAGGAGGAUGGAGCGGGCAGGAGCCGCGGCUGUGAUGGUUCUGGUGCUGAUCGGUGCCGCACAAGGAUUACGGUGUACGCAACCGGGAGAGACCUGUCUGAAUAAUGGGAGAUGUGAGGCCGGCGGGACCGAGUGCAGGUGUCCGUCUCUCUACGUCGGUGAGCGCUGUCAGUUCACCAAUCCUUGCACCAGUAAUCCUUGUCUGAACGGCGGCUCUUGCAAAUACGAUAUUAAGGGGAACACCGCUCACUACGUCUGUAUCUGCCCGCUUGGAUACCAGGACUCGAGGUGUAUCACCAGGAAGGACAACGCAUGUCUCAGCAACCCAUGCCGUAAUGGUGGAACCUGCGAACUGGUGAAGGAUGAGUGGAACUACAAGUGCAAGUGUCCUCCAGGAUGGACAGGUGACACCUGUCAGAAGGCGGACCCCUGCGCCUCCAAUCCGUGCGCCAAUGGCGGGACCUGCGUCUCCUUUGACUCGCAGUACGUGUGUAAAUGUCCGGAGGGAUUCCAUGGGGAGACGUGUAAACUGGAUGUCAAUGAGUGUAAGCAGAGCCCCUGUAAGAACGGCGGAGUGUGCGUCAACGAGUUCGGCUCCUUCUACUGCAAGUGCAAGAGCCGCUUCACCGGAAACUUCUGUGAGGUCCCCUACGUGCCGUGUAACCCGUCUCCCUGCCAAAAUGGCGGCACCUGCCGGCAAACGGACGACACCUCCUAUGAGUGCACCUGCCUGCCAGGAUUUUCUGGUCAAAAUUGUGAGGAAAAUAUUGAUGACUGUCCAGGAAACCAGUGCAAGAACGGGGGGACCUGUGUGGACGGCGUCAACACCUACAACUGCCGCUGCUCUCCGGACUGGACCGGUCAGUACUGCACUGAAGACGUGGAUGAGUGCCAGCUGAUGCCCAACGCUUGUCAGAACGGCGGCACCUGCCACAACACCCACGGAGGAUACAAUUGUGUCUGUGUGAACGGCUGGACCGGCGAGGACUGCAGCAGGAACAUCGAUGACUGCGCCAAUGCAGCGUGUAACAGCGGCGCCACCUGCCACGAAGGGGUAGCGUCCUUCUACUGCGAGUGCCCGCACGGCCGUACAGGCCUUCUGUGUCACCUGGACGACGCUUGUAUCAGCAACCCCUGCAACGAGGGCUCCAACUGCGAUACCAACCCUGUGAAUGGCAAAGCCAUCUGUACCUGCCCCUCGGGUUACAACGGGCCUGCCUGCAACUACGACGUGGACGAGUGUUCUCUGGGUGCCAACCCUUGCGAGCACGGUGGUAAAUGCAUCAAUACCCAGGGCUCCUUCCAGUGCAACUGCCUCCCGGGCUACACGGGGCCGCGCUGCGAGAUCGACGUGAACGAGUGCCUGUCCAACCCCUGCCAGAACGACGCCACCUGCCUGGACCAGAUCGGAGAGUUCCAGUGUAUCUGCAUGCCAGGUUACGAAGGGAAGUUCUGUGAAAUCAACACGGACGAGUGCGCCAGCAGCCCCUGCCUGCACAACGGCCGAUGCAUCGAUAAAAUCAACGAAUUCCACUGCGAGUGUCCCACAGGUUUUAACGGGCACCUGUGUCAGUACGACAUCGAUGAGUGCGCCAGCACGCCCUGCAAAAAUGGCGCCAAGUGCAUGGACGGACCCAACACCUACACCUGUCAGUGCACAGAAGGGACGAACUGUGAAAUAAACCUCGAUGACUGUGCCAGUAACCCCUGCGACUCUGGAAAGUGCAUAGAUAAGAUCAAUGGCUACGAGUGCGCCUGUGAGCCGGGCUAUACCGGAAAGAUGUGCAACAUUAACAUCGAUGAGUGCGCCAGCAACCCCUGCCACAAUGGCGGAACCUGCGAAGAUCUCACCAAUGGCUUCAGGUGCACCUGUCCGGAGGGGUUCCAGGGGCAGAUGUGUCUGUCUGAGGUGGACGAGUGCAGGAGCAACCCUUGUAUCCAUGGGCUGUGCCGCGAUGGCGUCAAUGGAUACAAAUGUGACUGUGAUUCGGGCUGGAGCGGAACCAACUGCGACAUUAAUAACAAUGAAUGUGACUCCAAUCCGUGUAUGAACGGCGGCACCUGUAAGGACAUGACCAGCGGCUACGUCUGCACCUGCAGGCCGGGCUUCAGCGGACUGAACUGUCAGACCAACAUUAAUGAAUGUGCGUCCAACCCAUGUCUGAACGAGGGGACGUGCAUCGAUGGCGUGGCGGGAUACAAGUGUAACUGCAUGUUACCCUAUACAGGGGCCACAUGUGAAGACGAGUUAGCACCCUGCGCCAACAAUCCGUGUAAGAACGACGGGAAAUGUCAGGAAUCGGAAGACUACGAAAGCUUCUCCUGUGUCUGCCCCGCUGGAUGGCAAGGUCAAACCUGUGAGAUCGAUAUAAACGAGUGUGUGAAGAACCCCUGCCGGAACGGCGCCGUGUGUCAGAACACGAACGGCAGCUACAAGUGUGUCUGUAAACCAGGAUACAACGGCAGGAACUGCGAGACGGACAUCAAUGACUGCCAGCCCAACCCCUGCCACAAUGGCGGCUCCUGCACCGACGGGAUCAACGCCUUCUACUGCAACUGUUUACCUGGCUUCCGCGGGCCAAAGUGCGAGGAAGAUAUAAACGAAUGCGCCAGCAAUCCCUGCAAGAACGGCGCCAACUGCACGGACUGCGUGAACAGCUACACCUGCACCUGCCCCUCGGGGUUCAGCGGAAUCCAUUGUGAAAUCAACACUCCGGACUGUACAGAGAGCUCCUGCUUCAAUGGCGGCACCUGUGUGGACGGGAUAAACACCUUCACCUGUCAGUGUCCGCCCGGCUUCACGGGGAGCUACUGUCAGCACGACAUCAACGAGUGCGACUCCCGGCCGUGUCUGAACGGAGGGACCUGCCAGGACAGUUAUGGGACCUACAAGUGCACCUGCCCCCAGGGCUACACCGGCCUCAACUGCCAGAACUUGGUGAGAUGGUGCGAUUCAUCGCCGUGUAAAAACGGAGGGAAAUGCUGGCAAACAAACAACCUGUAUCGCUGCGAGUGCAACAGCGGCUGGACCGGGCUGUACUGUGACGUCCCCAACGUCUCCUGUGAGGUGGCGGCAUUACAGCGAGGUGUGGAUGUCCAUAACCUCUGCAAGAAUUCGGGGUCUUGCCGUGACACGGGGAACACCCAUUACUGUCUGUGUCAGCCGGGGUACACGGGGAGCUACUGUGAGGAGCAGGUGGACGAGUGCUCCCCCAAUCCCUGUCAGAAUGGCGCCACCUGUACAGACUACCUGGGCGGCUACUCCUGCGAGUGUGUCGCCGGGUACCACGGGGUGAACUGUUCGGAGGAGAUCAAUGAAUGUCACUCGCACCCCUGCCAAAAUGGAGGAACCUGCAUUGAUCUGAUAAACACCUACAAGUGCUCCUGUCCUAGAGGCACCCAAGGCGUUCACUGUGAAAUUAAUAUAGACGACUGUAACCCGCUGUACGAGGCGCCAAACCAGGAGCCCAAAUGCUUCAACGGCGGUAAAUGCGUGGAUCGCGUGGGCGGAUACCACUGCAACUGUCUGGCGGGCUUUGUCGGGGAGCGCUGCGAGGGGGAUGUGAACGAAUGCCUCUCCAACCCGUGCGACACCCGCGGUACUCAGAACUGCGUCCAACUGGUGAAUGAUUACCGCUGCGAAUGCCGCCAAGGAUUUACAGGGAGGCGCUGCGAGUCCCUGCUCGAUGGCUGCAAAGGAAAACCGUGCAGGAAUGGCGGAUCGUGUUCUGUGGCGAGUAACACUGAGCGAGGCUUCAUCUGCCGCUGUCCCCCGGGAUUUGAUGGGGCCACAUGCGAAUAUGACACUCGCCUGUGCGGGAACCUUCUGUGUCACAAUGGCGGCACCUGCAUAUCUGCCCUGAAGACCCCUAAAUGCGUCUGUCCGGACGAGUUCACGGGGCCCCUGUGCCAGUACCCGGUGAGCAGCCCCUGUAACUCCAACCCGUGUUAUAACAGCGGCACGUGCAAGUUCAUCCCCGAGGAGCCGUUCUACCAGUGCCUCUGCCCCCGCAACUUCAACGGCCUCUUCUGCCACAUCCUGGACUACAACUUCACCGGCGGUCCGGGGCGGGACGUGGAACCGUCCGACAUCAAAGAGGUGUGCGGGAUCGACCUGUGUGCCUCUCAGGCCGGGAAUAAGAUCUGUAACACCAACUGCAACACGCACGCCUGCGGGUGGGAUGGCGGAGACUGCUCACUCGACUUUUACGAUCCCUGGAAGAACUGCACCGAGGCCCUGCAGUGCUGGAAGUAUUUCAACGAUGGCAAAUGCGACUCCCAGUGCAACAACGCCGGAUGCCUUUACGAUGGGUUUGACUGCCAGAACAUCGACAACCAGUGCAAUCCCCUCUAUGAUCAGUAUUGCAAGGACCACUUCCAGGACGGCCACUGCGACCAAGGCUGCAACAAUGCAGAAUGCGAGUGGGACGGUCUGGACUGUGCCAACAAUGUGCCCGAGAAGUUGGCGGACGGCACCCUGGUACUUGUAGUGCUGGUGGCCCCGGAGAAGCUGAAGAAUAUGUCUGUGGAUUUCCUCCGAGAGCUGAGCCGGAUCCUCCACACAAACGUGGUGUUCAAGAAGGACGAGCACGGCGAGUACAUGAUCAUCCCGUACUACGGCAACAAGGAGGAGCUGAAGAAACAUCACAUCAAAAGGUCCGCCACCGGAUGGCCCGCCGCCCCCGCCGCCAUCUUCAGCAGCGUCAUUGCUUCCCGACACCGCAGAGAACUCGACCAGCUGGAGGUCAAAGGGUCCAUCGUCUACCUGGAGAUAGAUAACCGUCAGUGUUUCCAGACCACGUCCCAGUGCUUCAACAGUGCCACGGACGUGGCUGCCUUCCUGGGGGCGCUGGCGUCUCUCGGCAACCUGGACCUGCCGUACAAGAUAGAAGCCGUGAGAAGUGAAUCGGCGACUCCUCCGCCUAGCUCACCGCUCUAUCCCAGUCUGGGGGUCAGCCUGUGCGUCCUCCUCCUCAUCUUCGCCGUGGUGGGAGUCAUCGUCAUCAACAAGAAGCGACGCCGGGAGCACGGACACCUCUGGUUCCCAGAAGGGUUCAACCCCAAAGAGACGACCAAGAAGAAGAGGCGCGAGCCGCUCGGGGAGGACUCUGUGGGGUUAAAGCCCCUAAAGAAUGCAGCAGAUGGUUUGAUGGAUGAUAAUCAGAACGAGUGGGGAGAUGAAGAAUCGGAAAGCAAGCGAUUCCGGUUUGAUGAUCACGUCAUCCUCCCCGAUCUGGAUGAUCAGACCGACCACAGACAAUGGACUCAGCAACACCUGGAUGCAGCCGACCUCAGAGCUCCGUCUAUGGCGCCCACUCCGCCUCAGGGAGAAAUUGAUACCGACUGCAUGGACGUGAAUGUGCGCGGACCCGAUGGCUUCACCCCACUAAUGAUCGCUGCGUGCAGCGGAGGAGGACUGGAGACCGGGAACAGUGAGGAGGAGGAGGACGCCUCCGCCAACAUGAUCUCUGACUUUAUCGGACAAGGUGCAAAUCUGCACAACCAAACCGACCGCACUGGAGAGACCGCGCUGCACCUGGCUGCUCGAUACGCACGCGCUGACGCUGCCAAACGGCUGCUGGAGUCCAGUGCUGAUGCCAACGUGCCAGACAACAUGGGGCGGACCCCUCUUCAUGCCGCGGUCGCCGCCGAUGCUCAGGGGGUUUUCCAGAUUCUUAUUCGGAACAGAGCCACAGAGCUGGAUGCCCGCAUGUACGACGGCACGACGCCUCUGAUCCUGUCGGCUCGUCUGGCGGUGGAGGGCAUGGUGGAAGAACUUAUCAACUCUCACGCGGAUGUGAACGCGGUGGACGAUCUUGGUAAAUCUGCUUUGCACUGGGCGGCCGCUGUGAAUAACGUAGAAGCGGCAGCGGUUCUCCUGAAAAAUGGCGCCAAUAAGGACAUGCAGAAUAAUAAGGAGGAAACGCCGCUGUUCCUCGCCGCCAGAGAAGGAAGCUAUGAAACGGCCAAGGUCCUCCUGGAUCACUACGCCAACCGGGACAUCACUGACCACAUGGACCGGCUCCCGCGGGACAUCGCACAGGAGCGCAUGCACCACGACAUUGUCCGAUUGUUGGAUGACUACAACCUGGUGAGGAGUCCUCAGCUGCACAACGGACCCAUGGGGGCCUCGACCUUAUCCCCCAUCUGCUCCCCUAAUGGCUACAUUGGAAACAUGAAGCCGGCGGUGCAGGGGAAAAAGGCUCGCAAGCCGAGCGCCAAAGCUACCGGGUGUAAGGAUUCAAAAGAUCUUAAAGCCAGAAGGAAGAAGUCUCAGGAUGGUAAAGGGGGAGUCCUGCUGGAUAACAGCAGCUCCAGCGUCCUGUCCCCCGUGGACUCCCUGGAGUCUCCUCAUGGAUACCUGUCGGACGUGUCUUCUCCACCUCUCAUGACCUCUCCGUUCCAGCAGUCUCCAUCCAUGCCGCUCAACCACCUCAGCAAUAUGCCCGAUACCCACAUCAGUAUGAACCACAUGAAUAUGUCCGCCAAGCCGGAGAUGGUCAGUGGUGGGAACCGCAUGGGCUUCGAAUCUAUGACCCCACGUCUGGCUCAUCUGUCAGUCUCCAGCCCCAGCACCGUCCUGAACGGGGGCUCCAUGCAGUUCACCGUGGGGGGAUCGGCAAUGAAUGGUCAGUGCGACUGGCUGAGGCUGCAGAGCGGGAUGGUGCCCACCCAAUACAACCCUAUGAGAAGCACCCAUCAGCAGAACACGAGUGCCCUCCAGCACAGCCUGAUGACCUCCCUGCACAGCGGGCUGCCCACCACCACACUGUCUCCUAUGAUGACCUACCAGGCCAUACCCAACACCCGGAUGAGCACCCAGCCGCACCUCCUGCAGGCCCAGCAGAUCCAACAGAUCCAGCAGCAAAACCUGCAGCUUCAGCAGCAAAGUCUACAGCAACAACAACAGCAGCAACAACAACAACACAGCGUGGCGUCCUCCAGCGCACACAUUGCCGCAGCCUUCUGUGCAAGCGACUUGGCCCAAUCAGACAUUCAGCAACUGACGAGCAACGGCCUUCGCUCCAUCAUGUCCCAGGACAACCAGAUCCUGAGCGGCUCCAUGCCGACCACCCUGACCCAGUCCAUGUCCACCACCCAAUUCCUUACCCCGCCCUCCCAGCACAGCUACUCCUCCCCCAUGGACAACACCCCCAGCCACCAGCUGCAGGUCUCUGACCACCCAUUCCUGACCCCAUCACCGGAGUCACCUGACCAGUGGUCAAGCUCCUCCCCCCAUUCCAACAUGUCUGACUGGUCUGAGGGUAUAUCCAGCCCCCCCACGAAUAUACAGCCACAGCACAACCACAUUCCCGAGGCCUUUAAAUAAGUUGCGCACCCCCUCCCCUGCUGCCGGUCCACGUCGCACACUGGCAAAGACUAAUAAAAAAAAAACAUUUUUAUACGAUUUUAUAUACGAGAGAUGACAUGAACAAUUGUCUUUUAUUUAUUGACCGGAGACCCGAACCGUACGGCGCUGCCCCUUUUAUUUAUGUUUUACACUUUUUCUCCAAAUUUUUUAUUAAAAAAACAUUUUUUAGAUUCCUGCCUUAAGUUUUUUUUAUUUUUUUAUAUAGACAUCUAUUGUGGAAAGUGUAAGGACAGAUUCGGUGUAUUACGUUGUAUUUAUUCUGCGCCCCCUCGUCCUCCAUACUUUACAUAGAACAAAACAACUCUGCCUCCGCUGCCAAAAACCUUGUACGAAAAGAGACAAAUCUAUAUAUUGUGCGCAGCCGGCGGCCGCCGCCCCUCCUCCAGUAUUACGGUCGGACCUUCACUAAAACUUGAAUGUACUUUUCUUCCAAUCACUUUUUUCCAGAUCUCAAUGGGAAACGACAAAAAAAAAUGCAGCUUGUGUAAAAUCUCCUCAUAGACUGAUGUAUUUUUUUUUUUUAACCUUUUUUAUGAUUGUCGCACGGUUUGUUGUCCCUGUUGUCCCCUCUCUCCCUCCGUAGUCGACUGUUCUCACGGUUUCUGGUCGCACCCUCCGCGCCCCAGAGAACGAACACAAAGAAGUGACUUUCUGGUACAAGCCUGUGGCCAUCCUAAGCUUUGUAUAUAGAGAUUCCGAUACAGUGGAUUUUGUUUAAAAAGUCUACGUGAAUAUCACUGACCGUACGGCGUCUCAGGUUACACGCGCCCGCGCCGAUCCUGCACUGUGAACUAUCAUCUCACAAAGACGUUUCAGCAAUGGACGCUCAUACGAACAAAUGGAUGUCAGGAUGCCUGUGAUUUACCCACAAUAUCAUCCGCGCCAAAGUGUUUCCGAAAAGGACGUAAAAAGUGAAUCAGCACUGAGGAGAGCAGUACUAUCCAGUGCGUCAUAUAAUUUGGGCGAUCACCCGGAGCGCCAGACGCCAUCUUGUAAAACUAAAUGGAGAAAAAAUAAAAAAGACUAGAAUGUAGUGAAAAAUAUUGUAUCUAUCUGCAAAGAUGUAGUUUAUAAUGUUUUUUAUGGCUUUGUACACAAAUGUUUUGUUAUAAUAAAUCAUAUAAA